CGAAUGGCCGUACCUGAGAUCUUCAGUUAAUAGUGGUGUGUAACCUAAAAACAAAAUGGCAGCCUCCAUGGUCCACAAAGGCAAAUUGACAUUUUCAAAGUUGUCAGCUUUUCAGAGAUUAAAUUAUGGACCUGGUUUGAUACGUUUUUUGCGGAGUGUGCGAAAUCCAAACCAGGAUCUCCGACCGGAACAUGUGGAAGCCAACAGCCCAGAAGCAGUACAAAAGGAACCAGGACGAUGGAAGAAAUACACAAACCACACAUUCUGGCGGAAACAGAGGGAACUGGAACGAUAUGCCGAGAAAGUAGACGAAUUCAACGUUGAGAAACUAAACACGGUCCUCGAGCAGAUGAAUAUCAGUACUGAAAUCAAAGAUGAUAUGCCCGUGGACAUGCCAGAUCCAUUCCAGCCUCCAAGAAAGAAGUGUAUUCUCUGUGAAUAUGACGUCAAACUUGAUUACAAGAACCCUCAGUUGCUCAGUCAGUUCAUCUCCCCGUAUACUGGGAGAAUCUAUGGACGUCAUGUCACAGGGCUUUGUCUAUUUAUGCAAAGGCAAUUGGCACGGGAAAUCAGAAUUUCGAGAUUUAUGGGCUUCCUACCUUCCAUGAACAAACCUGCCAAGUAUUUAGAGGACCCAAUGUUGUUCAACCCUUUUUCAAGGAAGAACUAAACCUGACUUUCACUUCACUCAAUUUCUCAUUUGAUUAAUAAAAUGUUAAAUCCUG